GGAUUGCUUAUAGUUUAUUGAACACGAUAUAUGAUCCUAAAUUUUAAUGGUUUCCAUUACAAAUGCCAUGUAAACCAGUACCGGUUUACAACUUAAACAAGCACAAAAUUAUUUCAUGAUUUUACUGACCAAACAUAUUACCAGUUUAGAUCCAAAGAGACCAUUAUUGUUUCCAUUAAAACCAAUACAAUUUUAUUUAUAACCAUUACAUUCUUUAAAAAUUCUUUGAAGAAACCCUGAUAUUUGCUGUAGUAAAAUUCCUACUUAAUGUAGUUUUUUUAAGUCUUAUAGUAAAUACUACACAGAAUUGUUUUCUAUAGUAUGCAAUAUAGUAGUGUAUAGUGUGAUUUAUUCAUGUGGGUAUAGAAAAACUACGGUGAAGUUAAAAGAUUUCGGUUACACUAUACAACGUGUUAUUAUUAUCAGGUAGUUAUUAAAUCGUAAUAAUGAAUACUCGUACUUACAGAGCAUUUAUUGUGUAAUUACAGACAACAGUAAUUAAAUGUGUAACAUGUAGCCCUCACUAUACAACUCAAUGCACAAUUAAAAAUGUCAAGUAACGGCUCUCUGAGAUAAGAGAUGAACUUUUUUUAGAUGUCACAUGAAACUCCCAUGUGGCCUUUGUGCUUGAAGUCGGCAUGAGUCACGCAACUCCAGUUGAAUAGUUUUUUUUCUUUAUUUUACACAUUAAAAGUGAGUCAAAGCGCCCUACCUCUUAAACACGGAGACGUCCAACCGCCCCCAUUCAUUUCAGAGAAGCGCUGCGGGCAGAAUCGCGCACAGGCGUCGCGCGCUCAGCACGACAUGCUCUCCGCCGGGACCGGAGCAGAAAGACACGCCAAAAAGCACUGAUCUCGGACCAGUGCUGUCAUUAACUGAGUGAUAUAUACAGGCGCAAACAUGCCUGCAUUCCGCUGUCGGGGAAAGCGAAGAAAAUAACGACGCACGGCUGAUCUGUCUUCAAUAUUCAUAUAUGUUCCACAUGAGGGAAGUUAAGAUUGGAGAAAGCAUUUGUGUAUUCGUAUUGCUUUUUUCCGGGCUUGUGACGUGCUCAGGUGUUUUUGGAAGCCCUUUGACAGAUGAUGUGGCAACCCUGGGGACUUUGAGUGAGAACAUUCCCAAUGAUUACAGGAUUCCUCUCAAUUUCAUCUCCAAAGACGUGGGUGGAGCUUGCUGGCUACAUCUUAAUCUGUAUCCAGUUGAAAGCAGUUUAAAAGCAUUAGCCUUCAAGUUUGGCAACCUAUCCACCAACAGAGCAAACACCACCAUUUUUAUUACAAUGCUGCAGGGCUUUCGCUUUACCCUGGAUAAUGAGGAGCUGGAGGUAACAAUGCAAACGUUUAAGUGUCACUACAGACGAGUAAAGUGGCCAACUAGACGAUACUUUGCCCAUGUUAAAGAGGUUCUUACUGCAGCUAGAUUAACGCUUGGCGAGAUUCAUCACUGCACUCCUCCACCUUGUCGGACGCCCGUAGCCCCUCCUUUCACACCUGGCAAACGCAAACAGCAGGAUGGCAUUAAUGGAGCGAUUCACGGGCUCCUGACACUACUCAUCAUCCCCAGUAUGGUGGCUCUGGUUCUGAUCAUCAGAAUGGUAUUCAGAAGAAGCUGUUGCUCACAAAGAAGGCCUGAAAUGACGGACCUCUCUGAAAAUGCCCGUGUACAUGAGCCUCGUGAUGGAGCUGCAGAAAGCAGCCUUGGGCCCCAGAGCGGAGUCGUGCACCUUCUGCUUGAGCCUCUCGACGCAGCUGCACGAGGGGACCUUGUCUCCAGCACCCACAUGCAGCAGGACAGCAUGACUGCCAACUCACAACCGCAUGAGGUCAGUAAUGUCAGCCUGGAUAUCAUCAACCGCACGGCGACCUUAACAAAGACCCCUCUCAUGCGGACAGACAGCUCCUCUUUAUUGGUGAUGAAGAGUGUCGUCCAUCAUACUUCAGUCAAAACCCACUCUUGA